UUAGCUUCCCCUGUUUAGAGUAGUUGCGGGCUGUAGCGAACGCGGGUAAAUUUUAUUAUUUUAUUUAUUAUAUCACGUUAUUAGUUUUGUACUUUAUUUUAACAUGUCUUCCCGCACACCAUUCGGAGUUUUGGACAGCAACGUUCCUUCUAUUAAGCUCUUGAGCCUAAAAGAUCAAGAAAACACGCCUCCCAGCCUGAAUGCUACUCGGAUUUUGGCAAGCAAGACAGCCCGCAAACUGUUACAAGACACUGAGCCUGACCAGCAAAUAAAAGUUCAAAAGGAUCUCAAGAGUGAUGAGCCUCUCUUGAGAGACAAUCCACGUCGCUUUGUGAUAUUUCCUAUUCAGUAUCAUGAUAUCUGGCAGAUGUAUAAGAAAGCAGAAGCUUCUUUCUGGACGGCAGAAGAGGUGGACCUAUCCAAAGACAUUCAACACUGGGAGUCAUUGAAGGCUGAUGAGCGUUACUUCAUUUCUCAUGUGUUGGCGUUCUUUGCAGCAAGUGACGGCAUUGUAAAUGAAAAUCUGGUGGAAAGGUUUACCCAGGAAGUUCAGGUCACAGAAGCCCGUUGCUUCUAUGGAUUCCAAAUUGCAAUGGAGAAUAUCCAUUCUGAAAUGUAUAGUCUUCUCAUUGAUACCUAUAUUAAAGAUUCUAAAGAAAGGGAAUUCCUCUUUAACGCAAUUGAAACACUACCGUGUGUGAAAAAGAAGGCAGACUGGGCGCUGCGCUGGAUCGGUGACAAACAAGCAUCUUUUGGUGAGCGUGUAGUAGCUUUUGCUGCAGUGGAGGGGAUCUUUUUCUCUGGUUCGUUUGCAUCCAUAUUCUGGCUGAAGAAACGUGGGCUAAUGCCUGGUCUCACAUUCUCUAAUGAGCUCAUUAGUAGAGAUGAAGGUUUGCACUGUGAUUUUGCCUGCCUUAUGUUUAAGCAUCUUGUACACAAACCAUCAGAGGAGAAAGUUUAUGGGCUUAUUACAGAUGCUGUCAGGAUUGAACAGGAAUUCUUGACAGAUGCUUUACCUGUAAAUCUAAUCGGUAUGAAUUGCAUUUUGAUGAAGCAGUACAUUGAAUUUGUAGCAGAUCGUCUUCUUUUGGAGCUUGGUUUUAGUAAGAUUUUCAAGGCAGAAAAUCCCUUUGACUUUAUGGAGAAUAUUUCUUUGGAAGGAAAGACUAACUUUUUUGAGAAAAAAGUAGCAGAAUACCAGAAGAUGGGAGUUAUGGCAAAAUCUGUCGAUCACACUUUUACAUUGGAUGCUGACUUUUAGAUGCAGUGCAACACUGCUUGGAUGCAGCUUACUAUUAUGAAAACAUGAACUUGCAGCCUGUUUACUUCAUGGCAGACUUUAAUAACCAACAAGUUUUUAUCUUGUGUUUACACCUGUCAUGUCCGCAUUACCUAUCUACAUCUUAAUACAGGAGUCUAGUUUACAGUAGAUUAGCAUACAUUCAUGGGUACAAAAAUGUGCAGCUUGGUGUAUACAGUAAUGUGUUAAACGGGGGAAGCUAACAGUACUUUUUAUUGUAAAUAAUGUCUGUAUAUAAUUUUGCACUUUAAUAAACUCUAGUUUUAAAAUUCUGUAA